AUGGCACUAGGCAUACUUAGUGGUCUACAAAGUUGUCUAAUAGCCGCAACAACAACUGCUACAACAAAUACAGCCGAUACUACAACAGAAGCCGCUACCACAACAGCAACCGAUACCACAACUACAGCGGCUACCACAACUACAGCGGCUUCUACAACAGUAGCCGAUACCACAACCACAGCGGCUACCACAACUACAGCGGCUUCUUCAACAGUAACCGAUACCACAACUACAGCGGCUACUACAACAGCAGCCGAUACCACAACUGUCACCGCUUCUACAACAGUAGCCGAUGCCACAACUACAACAGCUUCUUCAACAAUAGCCGAUACCACAACUACCACCGCUUCUACAACAGCAGCCGAUACCACAACUACCACCGCUUCUACAACAUUAGCCGAUACCACAACUACCACCGCUUCUACAACAGCAGCCGAUACCACAACUGCAGCCGUUACUACACCAGUAGCCGAUACCCCAACUACCACCGCUUCUACAACAGUAGCCGAUACCACAACUACCACCGCUUCUACAACAAUAGCCGAUACCACAACUUCCACCGCUUCUACAACAGCAGCCGAUACCACAACUACCACCGCUUCUACAACAGUAGCCGAUACCACAACUACCACCGCUUCUACAACAGUAGCCGAUAUCACAACUACCACCGCAUCUACAACAGCAGCCGAUACAACAACCACCGCUUCGACAACAGAAGCCGAUACCACGACUAUAGCCGCUUCUUCAACAGUAGCCGAUACCACAACUAUAGCCGUUUCUACAACAGCAGCCGAUACCACAACUACCACCGCUUCUACAACAGUAUCCGAUACCACAACUACAGCGGCUACUACAACAGCAGCAGAUACCACAACUACCACCGCUUCUACAACAGUAGCCGAUACCACAACUACCACCGCUUCUACAACAGUAGCCGAUACCACAACUACAGCCGUUACUACACAAGUAGCCGAAACAACAACUACCAUCGCUUCUACAACAGUAGCCGAUACCACAACUACCACCGCUUCUACAACAGUAGCCGAUACCACAACUACCACCGCUUCUACAACAGUAGCCGAUACCACAACUACCACCGCUUCUACAACAGUAGCCGAUACCACAACUACCACCACUUCUACAACAGUAGCCGAUAUCACUACUACCACCGCUUCUACAACAGUAGCCGAUACCACAACUACCACCGCUUCGACAACAGUAGCCGAUACCACAACUUCCACCGCUUCAACAACAGCAGCCGAUACCACAAUUACCACCGCUUCUACAACAGCAGCCGAUACCACAACUACCACCGCUUCUACAACAGUAGCCGAUAGCACAACUAUAGCCGCUUCUACAGCAGUAGCCGAUACCACAACUACCGCCGCUUCUACAACAGCAGCCGAUACCACAACUACCCCCGCUUCUACAACAGUAGCCGAUACCACAACUACAGCGGCUACUACAACAUCAGCCGAUACCACAACAACCACCGCUUCUACAACAGAAGCCGAUACCACAACUACAGCGGCUACUACAACAGUAGCCGAUACCACAACUACCACCGCUUCUACAACAGUAGCCGAAACCACAACUACCACCGCUUCUACAACAGUAGCCGAUACCACAACUACCACCACUUCUACAACAGUAGCCGAUAUCACUACUACCACCGCUUCUACAACAGUAGCCGAUACCACAACUACCACCGCUUCGACAACAGUAGCCGAUACCACAACUUCCACCGCUUCAACAACAGCAGCCGAUACCACAACUACCACCGCUUCUACAACAGUAGCCGAUAGCACAACUAUAGCCGCUUCUACAGCAGUAGCCGAUACCACAACUACCGCCGCUUCUACAACAGCAGCCGAUACCACAACUACCCCCGCUUCUACAACAGUAGCCGAUACCACAACUACAGCGGCUACUACAACAGCAGCCGAUACCACAACAACCACCGCUUCUACAACAGUAGCCGAUACCACAACUACAGCGGCUACUACAACAGUAGCCGAUACCACAACUACCACCGCUUCUACAACAGUAGCCGAAACCACAACUACCACCGCUUCUACAACAGUAGCCGAUACCACAACUACCACCGCUUCUACAACAGUAGCCGAUAUCACAACUACCACCGCUUCUACAACAGUAGCCGAUACCACAACUACCACCGCUUCUACAACAGUAGCCGAUACCACAACUUCAACCGCUUCUACAACGGUAGCCGAUACCACAACAACCACCGCUUCUACAAUAGCAGCCGAUACCACAUCUACCACCGCUUCUACAACAGUAGCCGAUACCACGACUUCCACCGCUUCUACAACAGCAGCCGAUACCACAACUACCAUCGCUUCUACAACAACAGCCGAUACCACAACUACCACCGCUUUUACAACAGUAGCCGAUACCACGACUACCACCGCUUCUACAACAGUAGCCGAUACCACACCUACCACCGCUUCUACAACAGCAGCCGAUAGCACAACUAUAGCCGCUUCUACAGCAGUAGCCGAUACCACAACUACCGCCGCUUCUACAACAGCAGCCGAUACCACAACUACCACCGCUUCUACAACAGUAGCCGAUACCACAACUACAGCGGCUACUACAACAGCAGCCGAUACCACAACUACCACCGCUUCUACAACAAUAGCCGAUACCACAACUACAGCGGCUACUACAACAGUAGCCGAUACCACAACUACCACCGCUUCUACAACAGUAGCCGAUACCACAACUACCACCGCUUCUACAACAGUAGCCGAUACCACAACUACCACCGCUUCUACAACAGUAGCCGAUACCACAACUACCACCGCUUCUACAACAGUAGCCGAUAUCACAACUACCACCGCUUCUACAACAGCAGUCGAUACCACAACUACCACCGCUUCUACAACAGUAGCCGAUACAACAACUUCCACCGCUUCUACACCAGUAGCCGAUACCACAACUACCACCGCUUCUACAACAGCAGCCGAUACCACAACUACAACCGCUUCUACAACAGUAGCCGAUACCACAACUUCCACCGCUUCUACAACAGCAGCCGAUACCACAACUACCAUCGCUUCUACAACAACAGCCGAUACCACAACUACCACCGCUUCUACAACAGUAGCCGAUACCACAACUACCACCGCUUCUACAACAGUAGCCGAUACCACAACUACCACCGCUUCUACAACGGUAGCCGAUACCACAACCUCCACCGCUUCUACAACAGUAGCCGAUUCCACAAUAACCACCGCUUCUACAACAGUAGCCGAUACCACACCUACCACCGCUUCUUCAACAGCAGCCGAUACCACAACUACCACCGCUUCUACAACAGUAGCCGAUACCGCAACUACCAUCGUUUCUACAACAGUAGCCGAUACCACAACUACCACCGCUUCUUUAACAGCAGCCGAUACCACAUCUACCUACGCUUCUACAACAGCAGCUGAUACCACAACUACCACCGCUUCUACAACAGUUGCCGAUACUACAACUACAGCCGCUACAACAACAGCAGUCGAUACAUCAACUACAGCCACAACUGCAGCUGCUACUACAACCGCAGCCGAUGCCACGACUGCAGCAACAACUACAGCCGCUACUACAACAGCAGCAGAUACCACAACUAUAGCCAUUACUACAAUUACAGCCGAUACCACAACUACACCAGCUGCUACCACUACUACGACAGUAGCCGAUACUACAACUACAGCCGUACCUACAAGUACAGCCGCCUCUACAACAGCUACUGCUUCAUCAACUACCGACGUCACUACAACUGCAACCGCUACUACAACCACAGGUGCUACAACUACAGCAGCCGCUACAACUACAGCAGCCGCUACAACUACAGCAGCCGCUACAACUACAGCAGCCGCUACAACUACAGCAGCCGCUACAACUACAGCAGCCGUUACAACUACAUCAGCCGCUACAACUACAUCAGCCGCGACAACUACACCAGCCGCUACAACUACAGCGACCGCCACAACUACAGCCGCUCAUACAGAGAUAAGACUCAUUCCGUUCGAUACACACACUAAAGUUUCCAACACGGCCAACUACAGCUCCUACAACUACUUGGAGAUUGCUGUGCCCCUCGAAGGAGGUUCCUACGCUCAAUCUGUAUACGUCACGAAGUCUGGCAAUGUGGUCUUGUCGACCAUCACUGAGGAGACCGCCGACAGCGGAGUCAGGUACCGGUACACCAACCCGCCGGCUGCGGGGACAGCGCCGAUUCUAGGCGCCUACGACCUGUGUGUCCUGUCGCCGUACUGGGCCAACAUGAAAAUCUCAACUGCUGAUACCUCCUGGAAAGGCUCAUCCAAUGUAUGA